ACCAUCCGCCACGCCCUCACCAAGAGCAAGCAGCAGCAGGACGUCGCCCACAAAACCAAGAGGGAGGCCGCCCUGCCGCACAUCGACCGCCGGCGCCAUUGCGUCCUCUCCCGCAGCGCCGAAUACAAGACGUCCGGCUGGCUGACCACCCUCCCAUCGACAGACAACAACACUGGUCUUGAUGCUGCGGAGUUUCGAGAUGCCCUCAACAUGCGAUACGGCCGUCACCCCCCUAACCAGCCCCUCACCGUCGACCAUGCGCUGUGCUGCAAGCGGUACGGCCUGGUGAUUCGUCGCCACAACGAGCUGCGGGACACUUUUGCCGAGCUGAUCGGGAUGGCGUGGGGGGACGCUGGUGUGCGUCGGGAGGUGGUGUUGAAGGAGGGAGAGGAGGGAGAGGGCGGGGUCAGGGCGGACAUCGUCGCUCGGGGCGUGUGGGAGCGGCAGGCGGCUGCGUCGUUCGACAUCUGCAUCACUGAUGUUGACGCACCGUCGUAUGCUUCCAAGAACCGAUCGACCAAGUCCAUCCUGAAGCAGCACGAGACCGCCAAGAAGAAGAAAUACCACUCGGCCGUCUGCGACUCCCGCGUGACCUUCUGCCCUCUGGUGGUGACGUGUGACGGUGUGUGGGGACACGAUGCCAACGUGUUCAUCGCCCACAUGGCUCAUGCGCUGUUGGAGAAGGAGGGGUGGAAGGGUUGGGGUUCAGUCAUGUGUCUGGAUGGAUUCGCUCUCGCUUGUCUAUCGCCCUCGCGCAUGCGACUAGCUACUGUCUGCGUGGGGGAGGGAGGGGAGGGUUUGCGGGACUGGGGUGUGCUGAUGGGGCGGGGAUCCAUCCCUCCUCCCCGUGAGCGUUUGACUCUGCGUGCUCAUGGGACUGUAUGUUUAUGAGUAUUACGGACACACAGACGAGUGUUACGGUUAAUGCAAGUUUC